CAUGAUCUGCUGCAGAUGACGAAUGAGAAAAGCCAGAUUGAGAGGACUGUGAGUGACCUGAACCAGACAAGUCCAGUACUUGAUGUACUCACUGUGGUUGGAAAGGAUCUCGAUGAAGAAAUGCCCCAGGAAAGUCCAGAGAUCACAAAUUCCCUAUCAACAAAUGAAAAUGUUGAACAGGUCAGCAUUACAAAUCAAGUCACCGCAAGUCAGUUGGCUCCAGGUGUCAACAUUGAAACGUGUGUACAACAUCACCUGGUGUGCACAACAGUAUCCUCCUUAGACAAGUGCUUGCAGUGUCUGGGACCUGUAUCCUCCUUCAAAUGGCUUGGCUAUAAAUGCAAAGUUUGUUCACAGGUCUGGCAUAAAUCCUGUAUCCGUCAAAUUCCAAAUGAGCCAAACCUUUCACAAGAGCAACAGUCUGCUGAAUGUUCUGGGGAUCAAUUGUCAUCAGAUCAGUAUAUCAAGAGACUACGUUUAGAACAGGAGCCACAAUCAGAUGAUGAUGAACACUUUUCUGAUGAGGAUUACAUACCAGACACAACAGAUGAAGAAGAUGAAGAUUUAGAUGCAAGGAUGCCCUUUAUGUCUCAUCAGUUGAAAGCCCAACAGCCAGCAAUAUUCAGUGCUACAACAUCAAAUGUGGGAGACACAAGCAUCCCAGUUGUACCUAGUACAUCAAAAUGUUGGCCACCUCUUGAGGAUCAUAUGAGUUCCAGUGCUGUUGAAACGUCCGAUUCAGCAAAUGGUGUCAAACAGUCAUCAAAGGAUAAACCAGAGGGUGAAGAAGAGCUUCAGAGACCAGAAUCAGCGCUUCUGACUAUGAGCUCUAAAAAUUAUUGUUAUGUCUGUGGUAAACCACAAAGCAAAAUUUCACGCCACUUGAAAACGCAUACGACACAUGCUGAAAUAGUUCAUGCAUUUUCCCUCCCUGAGCACUCCAAAGAACGUAAAAUAUUAUUGGAAAAAUUUAGAAAUAAGGGAAAUUUCCAACAUAACACUGCAGUUUUACAAGAUGGGACAGGGCCACUGAAAGUGAAAAGAAAACCAAAAGUUUCAGAUGUGACAGGAAAGUUCAUUCACUGUAUGUAUUGCCAAGGAUUGUUUAUUCGUAAGGAACUGUGGAGACAUGUCCGCAGAUGCUCCUGCAAGCCAGAAAGUGAAGACUUGGAUAAAGAACCUGGUAGAACCAGAGUACUGGGUUUAGCUGCAGCUCAAGAGUCUGCAUCCUGUCAACAGAUCUCAAGUGGAGUGUGGAAGCUCCUUAGUGUCAUGAAACAGGAUGAGGUAGCCUCAGUUGUGCGAAAUGACCUCUCUAUUAUUCAGUUUGCCCAGUCACUCUACAACAGACAUGGACAAGACCCCACAAAGUAUGAAUACAUGCGACAGAAGCUCCGUGAAGUGGGGCGUCUGAUGUUAUGUCUGCGGACAGAAUUUUCUAUACAUAACCUGGAGGAGGCUGUCAAACCUGCUAACUUCCAGAGAGUUGUGCAAGCAGUGAAGAAAGUUUCAGGUUUUGAUGAAGAAAAUCUCUGUUUCCAAACACCAAGCCUUGCGCUAAAAUUGGGACACACACUACGCAAAAUUUGUGACAUCAUCCACUGCCGGGCCCUCAUGGCUGAAGAUGAAGAAUUGAUCAAGUCCACUGAAACAUUCAAGAAACUGCACACCUCCAAAUGGUCAGAGUUAGUGUCUCACAGGGCCCUGAGUACACUGAGUGAUGCAAAGUAUAACAAACCAUCUACAUUACCCUUCACUCAAGAUGUUCAGAUUCUUCACAAGUACCUGGAGAAAACUGCAGAAAGAGCUGUCUGCGACUUGAAUGAGGAGACCACCACCCAGAAUUAUGCUCAGCUUGCAAAAGUUACUCUGGCACAAAUUAUUGUGUUCAAUCGUAGACGAGCUGGAGAGGUUUCAAAAAUGCGCCUCAAAAGUUUUCAGGAGGGAGACACCACAAAGCUUCAUGAAGAUGUUGCCAUGGGGUUGUCAAAGAUUGAACAAAAGCUCUGCAACUAUUUCAGAAGAAUUGAAAUCAUGGGGAAAAGAGGCAGAAAGGUUGCAGUUCUGCUCACACCAAGUGUGGUGGAUGCUCUUUCGCUACUGACCAGUAAAAGAACCGAAUGUGGCGUUAGUGCCACAAAUGUCUUCCUGUUUGCAAGACCCAAGUCAAUGACCUACUACAGAGGACAGGACUGUUUGCGUAUUCAUGCAAACCAGUGUGGAGCAAAGCACCCUGAGCACCUCAGGUCCACACAACUCAGGAAACAUGUUGCCACACUUUCACAAGUCCUCAAUCUAAAAAACAACGAACUUGAUCAAGUUGCAGACUUUCUGGGUCAUGACAUCCGUGUUCACAGAGAUUUCUACAGAUUACCAGUUCCCACCACACAGCUGGCCAAGGUUUCCAAACUGCUUCUGUCAAUGGAAAAAGGACGUCUUUCUGGUCUGCAAGGGAAAUCCCUGGAUGAGAUUGAACUUGAAGAUGAAAUUGCGUUAAGUGAUGCUGGGGCCCAGGAUAGUGAGAGCGAGUCAGAUGACAACGGCACAGCAUUCACAUCAGAGUGUGGAAAUAGUGAGCCUGUGGACGCUGCAUCAGUCUCUGCAUUAGCAGAGGUGGCUCAUGGCACUGAAGGUUUUGGACUGGCAUCAUCGGUGUCAUCCACGGUGGAUGAGACCACCCUAUCCCCUGAAGGAAAAGAUGCUGGUCAAGAACAGGAUUCCAGAAGAGUAUCAAAGAGAAUGUGGUCUAAGGCUGAGGUUGCUGCAGUAAUGCGACAUUUCAGAGAUCACAUAUCUAAAGGAAAAUUGGCCACCAAAAAUGAAUGCAGUCACUGCAAGCUGGUAGAAGACCCUGUGUUAGCCCAGAGAACAGUGCAAAAUAUCAGGGACUUUGUGAGAAACCGAGGAACAGCUGCAAAGAGACAGGCACAGAAGCAAAAGCUUUAGGUUCAUUUGCAGUUAUUGUCUUGUGUUGUAAUGAUGCUGUUACCUUAAUAUAUUUCAUAACAGCUCCAAUUUAAUGCACUUGUUUUUAUUUGUGUCCACACACUUUUUCAUAAAUUUUUGUAUUUUAACUGUUGUGUGUUUUAAGUUGUGUAGACAGCUGUUAAAGUGCAAAUUUACUUUUUUUGGAUAUUAAACCAACUGUUCCAUUAAUGUUGUGUGCAGUCAGGUCUGGUGUAUAAGGUGGGUGUAUAUUUAUGCUAAUGAGAUGCUGACAUCAUUGUCCCUUUAAAGUUCCCAUAGUGGUUUUUUUGGUCCUUAUAAGUCACACAUUUGUCAAGAAGAGAAAUGUCUUCACAAACCACCAUAAUUUUAGGUAGGUGUGUAUGGAGUUUUGUAGCUCGUACCUGAAACCUAAAGUGAGCUAAAUUUUUUUCAGAUUUUUUGCAGCAUUUUAAUCCAACUCCUAUUGCUCUGGCACCUUGGGAAAGGGUAGCCAGCCUAAACCACCACCGGACGGGUUUGGCGAAACUGUCUGGCUAAACCAUAUAGACCCGUAUGUGUGUGUGUGUGUGUGUGUGUGUGUGUGUGUGAGCAUCAAGGCAGACUGUGGUGUUGUAAUGACACACUCGGGGGACAGGCCUGUCAGAAGGCUCACUCCACUCCACUCAUUGAUCUCUUUCUCUCCUUCACACACACAUGCAGAAUAAUAACCAUUAACCAGUGACUCAGAACCUCCACACUUCCAGCCAAUCAGAGUCCAGCACGACUCACCGAGGUGCGUUUACCUCAGCUGGAAAGAAAAGAAUCAAAAGCAGAGACAAAACUCAGAGGAAGUAGCCAGGAGACGCUCCUCAGCUGCUGUAGUGAGAUUCAGCUUUCUAGGAACUUGGAGGAUCAACCAGACUUGUUCACCUUUAACUGUUUACAAAUCAUUUUGUGAAAUAUUUAGACAGCAUAGUAAAGAAUAAAUCACAAUAUUUAUGGUGAAUCAACUGCAGACUUUAAUGUUUUCUAUUUCAUUGGUUCAUUUUAAAUAGAUGUCUAGUGAUAAUCUGUUUAUUUUGCUUAAAAGCAUUUGUGAUGCUUUUCUGCUCUAAUUUGCCUGAAAUUUCUCUAGUUUGAAAUAUGGCUAAUUGUACAGAUAGCUGUGAAAUUUUAGCUGAAUAUAUCAAAUAUUUUCUGAGCAGUUGGCCAUCCUUUCAAUCCUUGUCAGUUCAUCUUGUUUGCCUCCCUCAUGUUCACCUGCCCGAUUCUGCUCAUAUGUUUCCAGUUUGUACAUUUAGUUUUUGUGCCGUUUGCUUCCCUGAUGUUCACUUACCAGAUGUUUGUCUGCCUGGUUGCUUUCCUCAUGUUCUCCAUGCCUCUUUGGUUAAGGUUUGGUUAGACCUGGAUUGAGUUUCCAUCCUCUUUUUGCAUUUUUAGAUAGUUUUUUUAAUGUUAUGAACCCUGUAUCUUCCCUGAAUUCUCCAGUUGUCUUGUGGUUGCUGCCCACCUUUUGUCAAAUCUGAUUUGUUUGCUGAGAAUCUGCCACUACUUGCCUGCUGUCUGUGUCUGAUUCUCCUGUGACAUAGAAUACUUUUUAAAGUUUUAAAUAUGUGGUCACAAAAAUGAAAAUAAAGUUGUUUUAGCUAAACUUUCAUAACUUAUUGAGCAUUUAGGACAGGUUAUACCACAAAAACAAACAUAUUGUAAGAUAGUUGAAUCCAAGCAGAACAGAUCUCUGCUUGUCCAGUAAUGAAGAUUCUCUUAAUAGUUUUUGAAAUAUUGUCAUUUAAACCUAGACUCCAGUGUCAAUGUGUGAAAAGACAUGCUGAAAAUGUGCAGAUGAGUAUUUUUUUAAAUGAAAAAUAUCUUGGAUAAACUUGUAUUUGCCACGUAAAGUAAAAUUUCACAAAUACCUUUUUAAAUAUAAUAAAUCGUGCAAUAUAAUAUAAUAAUGUAAGUUUAUGUUAAAGUUUCAAGCAAAUCAGAUGGUCAAACCCUUGUUGAUUUGAGAUGGAAUAUCUAACCUUUUUAUACUGACUUCAUUUCUAUAGUUUUUCCUCACUCCGUCAGUGAUGAGAAUAUGUGAGAGUAAAGAAGCUCCUCUUUCUCUUUAGGAAAUUCAAACACCAGAAUUACUGUGUUCCUCUUUAAUCACACAGAAAGUCCCACAGCAAAACCAACGCAGAUAAAACACGUACACACACACACACACACACACACACACACACACACACACACAUGCAUAUACAUCCACUCACGGUUUCCAAACCCCAAGGCUCCAUCAGCCUCUGCUUAUGAAUAUAGUUGACUCCAAAGCAGGCAGAAAGUGCCCUGGACAAAUAUGGAAAUGCACCACAUGCUAAUGUGACUUUUCAAAACAGGCAGGUAUUAGGCAAAUCCAAAACACAUGGACACAAGGCAGGAAUAUGUAUUUGAAUUUGUUGACAUCCAAAUCUUUCUGAAUUUCAAUGAGCAUCGAGGUUGUUUAAUAUUGCAGGAUUACAGUGUGUGUAAGAGGUUUAUAUAGUUUUCUUGGAAAUGC